AUGCAUCACUGCAAGCAUUGUGAGAAAAGUUUUACACAGUCAAGUAAUCUCAAAGUACAUAUAAGAACGCAUACCAAUGAAAAGCCCUAUCACUGUGAGUAUUGUGAGAAGAGUUUUGCUCGGUCAAGUCAUCUCAAAGAGCAUAUAAGAACACAUACCAAUGAGAAGCCUUAUCGAUGUGAACAUUGUGUGAUGAGCUUCACCCAGUCAAGUAAUCUAAAGCGCCAUAUACGAACACAUACCAAUGAAAGGUCUUAUCAAUGUGAGCACUGUGAGAGGAGUUUUAUAUAUUCCAGUAAUUUAAAACAGCAUAUACGAAUACAUACCAAUGAGAAGCCUUAUUAUCAUUGUGACCACUGUGAGAAAACUUUUAUAUAUUUAAGUAAUCUAAGACAGCAUGUGCGAACACAUACCAAUGAAAAACCUUAUUAUCAUUGUGAACAUUGUGAAAAAAGUUUUUUAUAUUCAUGUAAUCUAAAACAGCAUAUGCGAGUACACGAGAAGCCUUAUCAUUGUGAACAAUGCAAUAUGAGGUUUGCCCAUUCAAAUCAUCUAAAAUACCAUGUACGAACACAUGAGAAGCCUCAAUAUUGUGUGAAGAGUUUGAGUUAUCCAAAGUAUGUCAAUCAGCAUAUGCAAGCACAGAUAAUUUACCAAAGAUGUCAUCAUGAACAAUGCAGGAGAUUUUAUUUGUACAGUAGCACAAAACUAAAGAGACACCAUGCUGAGAUUCAACAUCAAAAUAAACUAAAGUAUUUUACCUACGUUGAUUCACAUAAACGAAUUUUUACUGUAAUACCCAAUUUCGUAACACAGUUAAACUGUGAUCAGUGUGAGUGUAUAUAUAGUCACUUAUAUAGUCAAAGACACUCAUUAAUUAUUCAUAAAGGAGAGAAAUAUACUUGUAGAUGGGAAACUGUAAAUGAUAGCAAACAGUUAACUGUCACACUUAACCAUCGAGAUGAAUGUUCAAGCAAGGAAAAUGAGGACAAAUUAUUUGUUGUGCAUGCUGGCUUUAUUAUUGAGAAGAGAAGAGAUGAUGAAAUGGAAGAAUUUAGAUUAUACAGCCACAGGGUUGAUAAGUGCUGA